AUGUUUCAAAAUAAAACAAACCUGAUCCCUGUGCCCAAAAAUGAUUUAAGGGAGAACGUUUCUCCAAUUCGUUCUUCGUCGUCACAUGAAAGUUCUUUGAGUAAUCUUGACAAUGUUUCUUUGGGACAAGCCGGAAAUAUUCGAUGGGGAAAUGGAUCAAAAUUUUCUUAUUAUGACAGAAACGAAGAUAUGAUAUCCGAGUUCCAGAGAAGUUCUGUAUCCAAAUCACAAAAGCGGAAAAGAAAAUCAUCUGAAGAUCAGGAAAGUGACCAUCUUCGCAAAAUAAUUGUGCAAGAAAUCAUGUUCCCGACUCGUUCUACUAAUGACGAGAUUAUCAAACGCAUUAAUGACAGUUCGGUUUCUUUUACCGAUAAUAUUUUGAAUUAUCGAAAGUCGUUUAAUCAACGACCCAGCAUAAUCGAUACACCCCAUAGAGAAGCUUACGCUACUACUCUUUUCUCGUAUCAAGUUGAGGAAUUGAUGAUAGCUCCACAAAAGCCUUACAGAAAAAUUAAUUCGCGACCAUAUCAAAUGCUUGCGUUCUGCAAUGAAUUGAUGCUCAAGGAUGAUUUUUAUUUGAACGUUGUUGAUUGGUCUUCGUUUAAUAUGUUGAGUCUGGGGUUAGAUUCUAAUGUUUAUUUAUGGAAUUCAGGAAAUUCAAAGAUGACAAAGUUAUGCGAUUUGGGACUUCCACAUGUUAUUUCGUCUGUCAAAUGGUUUCCUCAGAACUAUCAACUUGCUAUUGGAACUGCAGAAGGAAAAGUUCAAAUUUGGGACACUCAGAAACUUAUGAAAGUUCGCGAGUUUCAUGGACAUAAGUCACGUGUCGGAACACUUGCAUGGAAUGGAAACAUAUUAAGCUCGGGUAGUGGAGAUCGUAUUAUUUAUCAUAGGGAUCAAAGGUGUCCAAAUAACAACGUUCAAUCUUCCAUAGGACAUAAAUCCGAGAUUUGUGGAUUGAAAUGGAACUUCGAAGGAGACCAAUUGGCGAGCGGGGGUAAUGCCAACGAGCUAUUAAUCUGGGAAGGCAUGAAUCCUACCCCGGCUCGAAAGUUAGAAGGUCAUAAUGCUGCGGUUCGUGCUAUUUCGUGGAGUCCUCACGUUCGUAACUUAUUAGUCAGCGGGGGCGGUCAUUUGGAUCGGCAGAUCCGUUUCUGGAACACAAUGGAUGGUAGAUCUUUGGGAUGUUACAAUGCAAAGUCUCAGAUUUGUAAUCUUCAAUGGUCUUUAACGGCAAAUGAAAUCGUUUCAACACACGGAUGGUGGAAAAAUGAUGUUAUUGUUUGGAAGUACCCAUCAAUGCAAAGGAUUGCCACGUUAAAGGGACAUACUUAUCGUGUUCUUUAUUUUUCCCUUUCGCCAAAUGGAGAAGAUAUCGUGACAGGAGCAGGUGGUGACGACAAUACGUUGAGAUUCUGGAAGAUUUUUAACAAUCCAAAUAAGAUUAAGAGAAGAGUGAAGAAGUCCACAUUGAAACCUGAUGGACUUAUUCGUUAA